AUGAGACUGGUUGUGGCUUUUAUUGCUUUCUCAUUACUAGUUCCAUACGUGUAUGAGCCACUCAGAGAUCAAGGUAUAAUCGCGGACAUUGUCGACUCUACCAUUUUCCGUAUAAUACCACCGAAGCUAGUUAAGCCUCCAGAUGAUGCCAAUGACACGAUCUACAAGCCAAUGACCCGGGAGAAGGAGAUCCGACUUCUUAUACUUGAGCCAGGGGCUCCUGGCGAAGAACUUAAGUGUCGUCUUAUUCAUGCUGAACUUUCCUGGAACACCAGGUACGAAGCUCUGUCGUAUCACUGGGGGGAUGGAACUGUUACUUGCCCCAUAAACUGCUCAGGACAUACUGAGGUCAUUUAUAUCAACCUUCAUGAUGCCUUAUCCGACUUGCGCCUUCCAGACCGCGAGCGCGUUCUUUGGACGGACCGGCUCUGUAUCAAUCAAUCUGAUGAUAAGGAGACAACAUCUCAGAUGAAGCUUAUGGGCGAGAUCUACUCUCAAGCCUCACAAGUGCUCAUAUACCUUGGCAAAAUGGACCCCUCUGUCGAAGGCGCCGUAGAAGCCAUCCAUCGGGCCGAUUUGGAAUGGAGAAGUUUGGCAUCGAAGAAUCCUCUCCGGCCCUUUUACUUUUUAUGGUGCAUGUUGACAAAAGAUGAAAUCAACUGGACUCCAAUCAUCAACCUACUCCGCCGUCCUUGGUUUCAGCGCACUUGGGUCUUCCAAGAGGCCGUGCUGGCGAAGCGCGGGCAAGUCAUCAUUGAGAAGCAGUCCAUUCCGUGGCCGGUAUUUGAGAGGUCGGUGGAGUGGAUGGCCGGGCACAAGAAAGUCUUUAAGGAUAUUCCCGCCUAUCAGUCGCUGGACACCACUAUUUCGGGUAUAUCGCUGAUAUCUUCAGCAAGAUCAGUCCUUCACCACAAGUGGAAGGUCUUUUCCCCACGAUCGUGGUUCUACCAUGAACCGCAAGACAGCUUGAAGCUUCUUGACUUGAUCCUCGACAGCCGUUCAUUUUUGGUCACAAGAUCUGAGGACAAGAUUUUCGGCAUGCUUGGUGUGACGACCCAGGACAUAAGAAGCAACUAUCUUAGAAAGGAUUCAACCCUCUCACCUGGAGAUGUAUUCCGUAAUUUUGUUCUCUGGGAUAUUUUAGAGAACGAUGGCCUCCGAGCUCUUGGCAGCAGCUCAGAUAAAGCUGAUAGUCAGUACUCUUCGCCUUCUUGGGUGCCGGACUUUGAACGGCUUGAUCCUCAAAGCAGCCUCACCGGAACCAAAAACCAGGUAAAAUUCAACGCAAGUGCAAGUCUGUCUAAGCAGGUAUGGACAUCCGACGAUAAGACUGUUCUCCACGUGAAGGGCAAAAUCGUCGACACGCUCCACACAAUCGGAAACGAGUCACCUGCCACACCAGACACUUUUGCCGGCGAAAAUGCCCAUGUCUAUAACUUCGAACCAAUGAGCCAUCUGGGUAUCAACAAGCACAUGAUCGAAGAGGCGAAGAACAUCUGGUUGGCGGCGACAGAAAGAUUGGCCCAUUGCCGUGACCCCUUUAUAACCCAUGUGGUCAAGCGUACAUUUCCCAGAACACCAGUUGGGAAGAUUAGCUGGGCACCUUUCUUGCGGACUCUGGUCUGUAAUCGGACUCUGGAUGGAAAACAGGCCCUUCGAGAUUUCAUCCUCGACGAUGUUGCAUCAUUUGUCCGUCAAACUCUUGAAGUAGAUGUUGUCCCAGAGUAUCUUUUGCAAAGGGAUCGGUCGAAGGGAAUCAAAGGCCUUGAAGCCUUUACCAGCCUAACAGCGUCACGCCGCUUUGCUGCAACCGAUAUUGGGUUAGUAGGCUAUGUCCCAAUGAGGGCUCAGAAGGGAGACUUGGUAUGUAUCUUUUAUGGGUCUGAAGUGCCCUUUGUGGUAAGAAAAGAAGCUGAGGGCAAAUACUCACUUGUGGGUGAGUGCUAUAUCCAUGGUAUUAUGGAAGGGGAAGCCAUAAGGUUUGAAACUCCUAGGCAUAAGGAGGAAGUGUUUUCUUUAGCUUAG